AUGACGACAGUCAACUCUUCAAAUACACGUCUGGUCGAUGGAUCUUAUAUCGGUAGAUAUAACGAGAAAGUUCGUCUCGCUGAGCGUCGCCUGGAAUUCAAUGCUGAUGCAUUGAAAACUGCUGUUGCUCGGUCGCUACAGAGAUGCGACACAAAUAUCAAAAGCCUGACGAAAUUGGCGGAAGGGGGCUUCGACCGUGUCCUACAGAUCACCAUGAAUAAUGACACUCAGCUCUCAACUAGUCCAAGACAAUUGGCAAUUGCUAGCGAGGUAGCUACCUUGGCUCUCCUUCGCGCUCAUGGUCUUCCUGUGCCCCGCGUAUAUGCAUACUCCACAGAUGCUAAAAAUCCUGUUGGCUCGGAGUAUAUCAUCAUGGAAAAACUACCGGGGCGACCACUUGCUGAUCCAAAGCUUCAUGCGAUUCAGCUCCCUGCGAGUGGAAGCAUAUACUACGCGAGCGAUCUCCCGUCAGACUCACCACGCAUCGCUGUUCCAGAUUCUGAUGUCUGCAUUGGCCCUAGUGCAGCUCUUAAAUGGUGGUUCGCAGAGCGUGCCUCUCUCCGUGUCUAUCGCGGUCCUUGUGCGGACCCGAUCGAUGUUCUCCGAAAUCCUGCGCUAAAGGAACUAGCCUGGCUGCGCAAAUAUGACCGCCCACGCUUCCCUCUUGAGCGUGCAUAUCGCGAGUCCAUGGCUUACCUAUUGUCCGACCCCACUGUCCUUCCGCUCUUCCUCGCCGCCAGGAUUCCCAAGUUCUUCCAGAACUACGAUGACCCUGAGUCCCUUCAAUUUCGCCCGCCACCUACUCCGGAUUUAAACGAUCUGGAUGAGGAAAAGGCUGAUGUUCUUCAUGACUUUCGACGACGCCAUACCCACUUUUUCUAUCUGGCAUCCACUCAGCGCCAUGCGGGCCACCCCUGGGAGGGCAACAAUAUCCCGCUUCAAGCUGACCUUGUCUUAUUGGCCAAAUUCUGGCACGAGUACUCAACUGACCCGUGUCCAAUAUCCAUAGCUACAGCCAGGUCAGAUUCUAUCAUGCAUUUGCAAAGCAUGCAGGAAGAGAUUGACCUCCAACUGAAACAUAUCCGUAAUGCUAUUGGUAUCAGUAGUGAUGGCUGGACUCCUCCGGAAGAAUAUGAAGCUGCCUGUGCCCGUGCUCUUCAGAUAAAAGCUGAUGGCCUUGCUUCACUGGAUACAGACUACGAGCGCGAGAUGACGGAUCGACACUGGCCGUUUGAUGACCACAAUGAGGAUGAGUACCUUGACUGUUUUCUGUGUCUAUACUUAUCUUGA